CAAGGGAGUUUGUGGGCGGGGCUCUGGCUCCACUCGCCCCCAGGCAUUGGUGUGCGGCCCGGAGGCUCGCCAGAGCCGCUUCCCGGGAUUCUUGAGGGAGCUUGUCCUGGGGCGCAGAUGGAGGGAGCCACGGUUCGGCUGCUGCGCGGCGGCGCGCUGCUAAGAAGAAAUUUCCCAAUUUGCCUGUCUUCCUGGAAAAAUCCUCCUCAUGUCCUAAAAUCUUCCCGGUCAGAAGCUAGACUCAAAACAACAAAUAAGGCACAACCCUAUGCCCCUCUGCAAACAUUUACAGAUGAGGAGAUGAUGAUAAAGAGCACAGUUAAAAAAUUUGCCCAGGAACAGAUUGCUCCUUUGGUUUCAAAAAUGGAUGAAGAUUCAAAAAUGGAAAAAUCAGUAAUACGAGGAUUAUUUCAACAAGGGUUGAUGGGUGUUGAAAUUGACACCAAAUAUGGAGGAACGGGAGCUUCAUUUUUUUCCUCUAUCCUAGUGAUAGAGGAAUUAGCCAAAGUUGAUGCAUCUGUGGCUCUGGUAUGUGACAUCCAGAACACGAUAAUUAACAGGCUAAUUGGAAAAUACGGAACAGAAGAACAGAAGGCUAUCUAUUUGCCCAAGCUAGCUACAGAACAAAUGGGAAGUUUCUGCCUUUCAGAGGCUGGAGCAGGUAGCGAUUCAUUUGCUUUGAAGACCAAAGCUGAUAAAAAGGGAAAUUAUUAUGUCAUCAACGGGUCAAAGAUGUGGAUUAGCAAUGCCAAGGAUGCCGGGCUCUUCGUGGUGAUGGCAAAUGUAGACCUUACUCUUGGGUAUAAAGGAAUUACCUGCUUCUUGGUAGAUCGUGAUACUGAGGGCCUUCAUAUAGGGAAACCAGAGAAUAAAAUGGGAAUCAGAGCUUCUUCUACCUGCCCAUUAACGUUUGAAAAUGUCAAGGUUCCAGAAGCCAAUAUCCUGGGACAAAUUGGACAUGGCUAUAAGUACGCCAUCGGGGGUCUUAAUGAAAGUAGAAUAGGAAUUGCUGCACAGAUGCUGGGACUGGCUCAAGGAUGUUUUGACCACACUAUUCCAUAUAUUAAAGAAAGGGAACAAUUUGGCAAAAGAAUAUUUGAUUUUCAGGGGCUCCAGCACCAAGUGGCUCACAUGGCCACCCAGCUAGAAGCUGCAAGAUUACUCACAUACAACGCUGCAAGGCUUUUAGAAGCUGGAAGGCCAUUCAUUAAAGAAUCAUCUAUGGCCAAGUACUAUGCAUCAGAGAUUGCGGGCCUAAUAACUGGCAAAUGUAUCGACUGGAUGGGAGGAGUAGGCUACACCAAAAAUUACCCCAUGGAAAAAUACUUCCGAGAUGCGAAGAUUGGUACAAUAUAUGAAGGAACUUCAAAUAUGCAGCUGAACACCAUUGCAAAGCGCAUAGAUUCAGAAUACUGACAGCCACGGGAGUAGGACCCCUCCCUGGUGUCACUGGUGUAAAAUUUUAAACUAUUGUGCCUUGUUGGGGGCUGCAUUGAAUGAUUUUAUUUAGGCCCUUCACCUUGGAUCUGGAGGUAGACCUUUCCUGUCUCCUCUUUCCAAUCUGCUUAACUUAGGUGCAGAAAAUCAUUUUUAAAUUUUGGGAAGAAAUACAUCCAUAUUUUCUCCAAAACUAUUUUUAAAACUCUAUGUGCAUUAUCAUUUUAGCUUCAGGGUAUAUAGAAUUUCACUGUAUUGGAAUUUGGAAAAAUAAAGACAAUAUAAGUAUUUCUUGCAGACAUGGGUAUUUUAUAUCCCUGUCAUUGUGCAUCAGUCAGAGAGACGUUUGUGAUAGUUGGCAAUUCUAUAGAAGAAAUAGAUUUGAUUCUAAGUUGCUAAACUAGGUAGCAACUGAUAAAAAUUUAUUUAGAAAAAUCUAAAAGUUUUAGUUCUGAAUAUCUGAAAAUGAGUGGAAAAUGGAGGGUAUAACUCUGUAGUUUAUAUAAUCAAAGAAAGCAUUUCAACAAAGGAAAGCAAUAUAAUUUGCUACUAUAAUUGACCAGUAUGAAAGGUGCAUUUCAUUAUGGUAUGAAAGGUGCAUUUCAUUAUGGUUUCAGUAGAUCUUUUUUUUUUUUUUUUUUUUUGCGGUACGUGGGCCUCUCACUGUUGUGUGGCCUCUCCUGUUGCGGAGCACAGGCUCCGGAUGCGCAGGCUCAGCGGCCAUGGCUCACAGGCCCAGCCGCUCCGCGGCAUGUGGGAUCUUCCCGGACCGGGGCACGAACCCGUGUCCCCUGCAUCGGCAGACGGACUCUCAACCACUGCGCCACCAGGGAAGCCCCAGUAGAUCAUUUGAAAAACAAGUCUCUACAUUAGUUUUCAAGUAUGAAAUUUAAAUAAUUUUGUUUAAUAAUUAGAAUAUACUCAAUAUUGUAAUAUCUAUUUUUUUCUGUCUUUAAAUUGAAUACUGUUUUCUCAAACUUAGUUAUUGAGCUUUAUCAUGAAUAGUAAUUCAGAAAUUAUAUUUUGGUUCAGUGAUUCUCAAGAGGAGAUGUCCCCAUAAAGAAGUGUAUUAAAAUCUUGUAAGGAAUGAGGGAUAGAAGGGAGCUGUGGAGUUCAAAAAGCAUAUUUGGUAAUAGAAAAAAUGACAUUUCUGGGAAGGCAAAAAUAAAUCUGUUGUUUUACAGUCAAAUUAUGGAAAGGCAAAGCUCAACAUAAUAGACGGCUGGCGAUGCCAUUUCUUCAGUAUCAGGGAUUCUCAAUCAGAGAGACCUUGUAGGGUACAGGUCCUCAGUCCCCUCAGGAGGGAGGAGGACAGUGAAAGGUGAGUGUUUUAUACUUUCUGGAAGGGGGCAUGGGUUAGAGGUGUUGGAAAAUGUUUCAACAGUUGCUUAAAGUAAUCACUGCUGUCAAAAGGGAAGCACUUUAGUACUUUAAUGAAAGGAUAAUGCUUAUUAAGAAAACUUGACAUUUUCAAAGUAAUUUUGCUUUGCGCAUUCAUGUUCAUUGAAUUGGGUUAAUUUCUAUAAUGGAUACCAUAGUUAAAUAUUCAGAAUUUUGUAAAUACGAUUGAGAUAGGAAUUACAUUAGAAUAUUAGGAAGAAGUACGGACAAAUUUAGACCUUAGGUCAAAAGAGAGAAAGUCUACUUGAUUUUCAGAUAGGGCUGAUGGAAGCCAGUCAUUCAGUGUUUUAGAACAAAAAGACAGUAAUCUGAUAAGGAAAGUAGGGGAUGGAGGAAAUGCCCUAAAGGGGGGCUUGGACAUCUUUAAUUUCUGUGAUUAUGCGAGAGAGGUGGGCUUUUCAGGUAACGGAAUAGAAGCCAACGGUUAGUAAAAAGAAUCCCAGCUUCCUCCUGUAGAGUUACAAACACGUGAAACUACAACAAGCCUCUUUCAGGUUAGUAGCAUGAGAGAGGCUCCCAUGUACAUCUAGACCUUGAAUUUAUAGUUCAUAUUGAUACAGUUCUAAUUGUGUGUAUAUUUUUUGUGCAGGUUCACAAAUAACAGUUGAAAAUUAAUUAUGUACUGUAAUUAAUAUCUGUACCUGCCUUCUAUUACUGAAUUGUGUUAUUGUGCCGUUUACCAAAGAGGAUGUUGUGGGUUGUCCCCAUAGUUCUUCCAUUAUAGCUUCUCUUAAUAACCAUGACUUUGGGGGUCUUGAGUUUGUGUCUAGUGGAGGACGAGCUUGUUUACCUCCUGAAGCCUGUCAUUACUGUUCGUUAAUUUGAGGAUAGGGCUGUCACGGGGCUCAGAAGGAAGAGACUUGAACACAAGCAACAAGUCGUAUUUGUGUGGCAGAGCUGGACUCAACCCAACUGCCAAGGUAGUAUUGUUAGACAUUUCACUUUACAACACAAAAAUGAAUUGGUGUCAAAGAUUUUAGAAUUAUGGAAAGCUAAAUCUAGAAAGAGUUUAGAGAACCAUCCAGCCAACUCUCUCAUUUAAGAGUGAAGGAUUCAUGUAACCCAGAAUACUUGCCCAAGGUCAUCCAAGGCCAAAGAUAAGACAAGGAUCCAAAUGUACUAGGUCCCAAUUCAAUGCUCUUCCUACUGUCUACUGCUGUCUCUGUUCAACAGAUUUUGGAUUUCAUCCUUGUUAUACUUGUUCAAUACUUGUUCAAUACUCUAUUGAUUUAUUUUAGGUUUAACUGAUAAAGAAUUAACAUUUCAGAAGUGUUAAGAUUGAUCAGUGUCGUUACUUACAUAUAUCAAUCACCUGCCAAACACACUGGCUCUCCUAGGAUGUAGCUGGUAUGUCAAAUGUAAAGAUUAUUGUGUGUGAUCACUUGGUUUUAUGAUUAUGAUGUGUUUUAGUAAAUGCACUAGUUAUAUCCUUGCUGAUGUAUUUUUGCUGAUCUUUCAUAAAGUGAAACUUUUGUUGUAAUGGUACAUAUCAGACUGUAAUCAGUGUUACAAAAUCAGUAUUCUAUGGAGAAUGAAAAAAUAAAGCACUAACUGGAGACUUUUGCUACUCUAAUAAAGCAAAAUUGUUUGUUAUACAUACAGAAGAAGUAAGAAAAUAGUGUAACCUUCCUGCAAGAUAGACACAACACCUCUGUUUACCAGGCUGAUAGCUUGACUCUCAUGUAAACCAAUUUUGUUUGUUUUCAGGGAAGAGGUCUUAUAAUUUAACUUUAAAUUCUUGAUGCUAAAUAAAAUUUUACCAGAGGGACUCCCUUUUUUAAAAAACAAAAUAAGCAGCUCUUCGAUAGAGAGGUCACCUCUUCACAGUAUAGCUCUUAUCUAGAUGAUAUUUAUGCCCAUGUUUAUAGUAGUACUUCUGGAAAUUUUAUAUCGUUGAACCUUUUACUCAGUAAUACGCUAUUGUCUAACCUUAUAGGAGAUUUCAGCCUAUCUGUUCUCCAUUAUUUCCUACAUUAUUUUAGAAAUCUAGGUGUUAGUCCCUGUUUUCAUUUGUCAUUCAGUGACCUGUGCCGAGCAGUCAUUCAGUGACCUGCGCCGAGCAGGGGCCCAAGGUGCCAUGGGCUCCAAGCUGCCAUGCAAAGAUGAGUAAGACCAGAUUCUUAUCGAAAUGUAUUUAUGUCAGGUGUCUUUCUUCUGUUCUCAUUGGUGUAUCUUCACACAUAGAAAACCACCAAGGCCAACCUUAUGCAAAAGUAUUUCUUUAGAUCUGUUAGAAUGAUAAAAAUAGUGCUAAGCUCUCUUGAGCUCUUAUCAUGUGCCAGCCAUUAUUCUAUGCUCUUGACACAUAGUAACUCACAGCCCUAUAGAGUAGGUGCUCUUGUUAGCCUAUUGUAAAGGCAAGGAGACUGAGGCAUGAAGAGAGAAAUAAAUUGCUUAUUGAUACAUGACAGAAGUGAUUCAAACUUGGGCAGUCUGGCUGAUGAAGGCCCUCCCAGAUUCAUUCCUUUGGGUCUUUAAGGUUUGUUAAUUUUCAGGAGUCUUCUGGUAAAAUGCCACCGCCAACUAGCCCUUUAUUAGCUAAUAAUUCUUCAGGAUUGUUUCAGAUCUUUUAAAGCAGAGAAGCUAGCUGAGAACAUGGCCUGUAAAAGAAAUAAAUAGAUGUGGUGGGAUCAGCUGUGUUCUCAGAGAAAGAAUGGGAGAGUAGGUGGAUAGGGCAGUAGGAAGAUGCAGUAGAGCAGGGGUCCCCAACCCCUGGGCCAUGGACUGAUACCGGUCCUUGGUCUGUUAGGAACAGGGCCGCACAGCAGGGGGGGAAAGGCAGGUGAGCGAGCAAAGCUUCAUCUGUAUUUAUAGCCACUCCCCAUUGCUCACACUACCGCCUGAGCUCCACCUCCUGUCAGUAUUAUGGUGAGUUGUAUAAUUGUUUCAUUAUAUAUUACAAUGUAAUAAUAGAAAUAAAGUGCACAGUAAAUGUAAUGCACUCGAAUCAUCCUGAAACCAUGCCCCUACCCCACGUCCGUGGAAAAACUGUCUUCCACAAAACCAGUCCCUGGUGCCAAAAAGGCUGGGGACCACUGCAGUAGAGGGAUGAGAAAAGUACUGAAAAGGGAAUUACGGAAAUACCCCCCCACCAAAAAAAAAUCAUCUCCAUCACAGCCAUCAAAAAGCCACCCUAAGGUAGGAAGGAAGACAAGCAGGCUGCAGAGCUGAGUGGGUGUGGCUGUAGGAUGUUUGACUUGCCAUCGCUUGUAUGGAUAGCUCACAUUAUACAGGGGAAAAAACCUAACUUUACAAAACUUUUUUUUUUCCAAAGAAAUCAUGGGAAGUGUAAAACAAAAUAAGGCAGGAAUAUAGCCAAACAUAGUAGGACUUAUAGGUAUAAAUGGGUUAAACUCACCUGUUCGAAAUAAAAGAUGUCAAGAUGGCACAAAAGGAAAAUUUAAAUCCCAGCUACAUAACAUUAGAAACACCUAAAAAAAGCAGCACAGGAAAGCUGAGAUAAAGAGAAGGAAAAAGACCAUACAAAUGCUACUAAAAGGAAAGCAGGAACAGCAAUCAAAACUGAAUUAGGGGCUUCCCUGGUGGCGCAGUGGUUAAGAAUCCGCCUGCCAAUGCAGGGGACACAUUGCCACGGAGCAACUAAGCCUGUGUGCUGCAACUACUGAGCCUGCACUCUAGAGCCCAUGAGCCACAACUACUGAAGCCCGCGUGCCUAGAGCCCGUGCUCUGCAACAAGAGAAGCCACUGCAAUGAGAAGCCCGUGCACCACAAUGAAGAGUAGCCCCCGCUCGCCGCAACUAGAGAAAGCCAGGACGCAGCAAUGAAAACCCAACGCAGCCAAAAAUAAAUAAUUUAUUUUUUUAAAAAAAGCUGAAUUAAAGGCAAAAAUAAUUUUAAAGGACAAAAAAAGGAUAUCUCAUAAUAAAACAGGAAAACUUCACCAAGAAGUUCCAAUAAUCAUGAAGUUUAUGUCUCUAACAACAUGGUUAGGAACUAUAUACAACAAAACAAAAAAUAAAAAUACAGUGAAAACAUUGACAAAGCCAUAAUCACAGCCUCUGACUUAGAAAUCAACAAGCCAAGUAGGAAAUGGUAAGAACAGAUAGAGAGGGAUUGGGUAGCAUAAUUAACAAGUUUGAUAUAUAGAGAGAGAGAGAGAGAGGAAACUUUUUCUUUUCAAAUGCAAAUGAAUUGUCUAAUCUAGAAUUUUGCCACAAAGGAAACUUCUACAAACUCCAAAAAGACAGACUUACAGGCAACAUUCACUGUACACAAUGAGAAGUAAAUAACCAAAAUAUAGGAUGCAAAAAAACUCAUCAUAACUUUAAAUAACCUUGGUUAAUUAGAAAAUAAAGAUAUAAAUUACAAAUUGUCAAUAAAAGUAUGGGAAACUGAGCUGUUUUAGUCAGUGCUUCUGGGAGGAUGGACAAGAAGGCAUGUCAGGGACCUUAAGGACAGCAUAGUUUGUAGUAGUGAAAAAUUAGAAAUGGCUAGGUAGGAGAAUAUAUAAAUCAUGGACAUACACACUACGUGAUCCUGUGCAGCAGUUUAAAAGAAUAAGACCCAUGUUCUGAGGUUAAAUCAUCACCAGCUUAUAUUGUUUAAGAAAAUAACAAAUCACAUAAGAUUUGUGGAGAACAGUACAAAUCUAUAUAUUUCUGUAAGUCCAAGCACGUAUAUAAAUUCUUAGAAUAAACUGGGAAAAUACAGUCAUCACACUGAGGGCUGCGCGGGGAGUGGGGGCCAAGAAGACGGCAUGAGAGUCGUUGGCAUCAUCUAGAUUGUUUGAAUUUUUAUAAUUUCAUAAUAUUGUGCAAUUGUAAUAAAGUAAAUAUAAUCUUGUGUAAUUGAAAAUAAAUUAAAGCUGUGUAUAGGGUUAUGGAAAAUUUUCACUCUUGUGCAUCAAUUCCCCUUUAACCAACUUUUCUGC